AUGUGUAUCCGGCAACGCAUUGAUGCUAUAGUUCUAUACGAACCUAUAGUACUAACCAGUCAACUUCGGCUUGUGAAUACACCCCCGCUUCCAUCUACGGCAGUUAGUCCCCUAGACAUUGCUUUUGAUGCUGCUGGUCUUGGUCAAUUCACGGGUGUCUCUGAUGGUAAAGUCCUCAAUCUUCGCGAUGGCACGAGUAAUCCUGCAUUAGAACCCAUUUGUGGCAUAGGUUUGGCAUCCAGUAAGAAAGCUGGUGACCUAUACAUCACUGAGGCAAAAUCGAAAUGCUCCUCCUCGCCUGCACCUCCCUUGUUUCAUCGUCAUCAUCCGUUUUCAAUUCCUUACUCACCCAUUCCUCUAAUCUUAAACACAUCCACCAGACACAUGCCUUCAUGCUUCUCAGAGCCCUCGAUGCAGACAACCGCCUCCUUGGCUGAUUCAUUCACGCCUGCUCUUCUCUCGGCUUCUCUUCCUAUGCUUAUUCUAUCUUCGCCUCCAUUACUUACUCCCCCGGCUAUUCUGGGGUCAGGUUCCCCAUCAGCUACCCUUGCAGAUUUCGAUGAGACGGUAUUUGCAGGGAUUGCAAAUUUAAGAAUUGUUGGAUACAAAUUGCUCCAUUUUCAUACCUGCCGCUCACUGUUGUCUUAG